AUGUAUUUUCAAGAUCAUAUAACUCCAACUUUGGAAUUAUAUGAAAGAGCUUCAAAAACAAGUGAUGAAAGUGAAAGUAGUUCAGAUUAUUGUAAAAAUCAUCCAAAUGAUGAUCAAUGUGAAAAACCAGUUAGUAAUAAUAGUCUUACAAUUGCUUUAUCUAUAGUUUUACCAAUUGUUGCAAUACUUUGUGUAUUAGGUUUUUUCAUUUAUAAAAAUUAUAGAAAAAAUAAAAAAGAAGAAUUAGAUAAUGAUCCUGAUUUUUAUGAAAAUGGUGAUGGUACUGCAUUACCUGAUUUUAAUAUUAAACAAUUUAAUCAUCAAGAUGAUAAUAAUCCUUUUCAUAAUAGAAAUUCUGUUAGAUAUCCAAUGGAACAAAUUAAUAAAGGUUAUAUAAAUUAUAAUACUUCAGAAAGAAAUAAUGAUAAUCAAAGUUUUAAAAAUUUUAAUAACAAUAAUAAUAAUAACAAUGGUGGCGGUAAUCAAGAUCCAUAUUUAGAUAGUUUUGUACUUCCUUAUCAACAUCAAACUGGUUCAAAAUUAUCAUUAGAUGAAUAUGGUAAAAAUUUAGGGGAUUCACAAGGUUAUAGAACUCCAAGUGGUAUAAUAAGAACAAGAACAAAUUCUGUUACUUUAGAUACUGCAUUAAAAUCAACUUCUUCAAAUAUUAAUUCAAGAGAUCAUUCAAGAAAUCAAUCAAAAACUCAUUCAAGAAAUCCAAGUUCACAAAUAAGUCCAAUUAAAAAGAUUCAAGGUAAACAAUAUACUAAUAUACCGAAUGAUUCUGAUCAUGAUUUACAACAUGCAGGUGCACCAAAUGUUUCUAAUGUUGUUGAAGAAUCUAGUUCUGAUGAUAGCGGAAUAAUGUCACCAACAGAAGAAAAUUCAUAUGGAGUAACUUAUGAAAAUGAAUCAGAUAUGGCAAUUAAUAAAUCUAUACCACAAAUUAUUAUACAAGAUCAAGAUGAUCAAGAAGAUGAUCUUUUCAAUGAUACUAAUGAUCACCAUACGUCUUCAGAUGAUUCCCCAUUUGAUGAAGAUGAAAAAAAUCAACAUACAAAAGAUACUACUUUGGAUACAGUAGUAAAACAUGACAAGAGAUAUAAUGAACAACAAUAUCAACAACAAGAUCAAGAUAGUUUUGAUGAUGAAAAUUUCAAUUUCUCAACUAAACCAAAAUCAUCGAAAAAUAUAAGUAAAUCACCAAGGAUUUCAGCUUUUAAUUUAUUGAAAAAUGAUUCAGAUGAUGAAGAUGAAGAUGAAGAAAUAGAUAAUUUAACACCACAACAACAAGAAGAAAUUAAAAGAAUGAAAUCUGUUUAUAAAGUUUAUUUUGAUAAAGAAAAUAAUGAAAAUGGAGAUACAUCAUUUGAAAUUGAUGAAAAUUAUCCAUUACCUCAAAAGAUUAAUGAUCAAUUACAAAUUGAUACAAAUUAUGAUAAAAGAUAUAGUAAUACAUCAUCUGUUUAUAUGGAUCCUGAAGAAGCUCAACAAUAUCAACAAUAUCAACAACAACAAUUACAACAACAAUAUUAUAAUCAAUUUAAUCAACAAUAUCAACAACAAUAUGGUUCACCAGUUGAUCCACAAUUAUAUCAACAUUAUCAACAAGAACAAUAUAAUUAUUAUCAAAGACAACAACAACAAAAAAGACCAAAUCGUCCUUUACCUCCAUUACAAAAAUUACGUCAUCCAGCCGAUUUAAGAAAGUCAACUUUAGAAACUUAUACUAAUUUCACUCCACAUCUUAAAAAUCAAACUGUUAUGUCACCACCAACUGGUAAACAACCAUUUGUACCGAUUGAAAAUGAUGGAGUUUGGACUUCACCAAUAAAUUCACCAACUAUUCAGUCACUGGCAUCAUUCCCAAAUCAAAGUCCUAAUAAUUAUCAAAAUCAAUACCAACAUAAUCAAUAUCAACAACAACAAGGAGAUUAUUUCCCUCAACAACAACCUCCACAAAAUAAUCCAGUUCCUUCUGCCACUCAAUUAUCUAGAUCAUCAGUAGUAAUGUUGAAUCCAGUAACAGAAAUUACUAAAACAAGAAAAUUUAAACCUGCAGGUUCUUUACCAUCAAAUCCAAAUUCAAAUCAUUUAUAUAAUUUUGGACAUAGUGAUUUGAAUGGUCCAGAAAAUGACCUAUUACCAGGAAAUAGAAAAAGUGAUGUAAGAAGAAUGAUGAAUACAAAUUUUUAG